CACUGGAGUAGCUAUAUCAUUCUAGCACACCCACACAAUCACAAUGGCACCCAGUGCUGCCCUCUUCAUCGCCCUGAGCCUCCUCCUCUCCGCCGUCGCCGCCCACGGCUGCGGAAGCACCUAUUGCCAACCGCCGGUCGUCGUGCCGACACCACCCAUCGUCGUUCCGCCGCCAUACCAUGGAGGAGGAGGGCACGGCCACGGCCACGGCGGGCAGUGCUCCAUCAACGUGCUCAACCUGAGGGUGUGCGCCAACGUUCUCAGCGGACUGCUCGGCCUCAAGAUCGGCGUUCCGGUGCACGACCAAUGCUGCCCGCUGCUCCAGGGGUUGGCCGACCUCGACGCCGCCGUCUGCCUCUGCACCGCCGUCAGGGCCAACAUCCUCGGCCUCCACCUCAACGUGCCUGUGGACAUCAGCCUCCUCCUCAACCACUGCGGCAAGAAGUGCCCGUCCGGUUUCACUUGCCCAGCCCAUUAACAGAAGUACCGUUUUGCAUGGGCGCCCAAUAAGAUUUGCUUUACGUACUUCGUUUUCAUGAUGUGUGGAACUGUUCCACUCCCACAUUUUAAUUGUGUAACCAGUACUACUACAGUUUAUUUUUGGCAAACAAGCAUGUACUCUACAUAUUGAUAAAUAUCAACAGUGAGCAAUAAUUAUUACUCUA